AUGCCUCGCCAGCUGAUUCAACCCACGCCGCUGCUCCCGCUGGCGGUGCUGCUCCCGCUGCUGCUGCUGACGAUGUACUCUGCCGGUGGGUGCCGCGCCGCUGCACACCGCUGCGCCUUCGACGACAUGGCGCCGAGGAGGGGCCGGCCGCCGGCUGCGGUGGUGCGUGAGGUGCCGCGGAGGGGGCAGGGCGCGGCGCAGGCGUACACCGUCGCAGCGGCAGGGGGAAAGAGCAUCGAGGGCUGGGCGCCCAUCCGCAUCGUGGUGUCCACGAAGGACCUGGAGAGGAGUUCUCGGAUGAAGGGGAAGAAGAGGUACUGCGAAGCAGAGGGGGAGGAGUGCAUCAACUACUUGGGGCACGAGGCAACUUGCACGGCCCGUGACGUACUCUCGGACGCUAAGAAGGGGUUGUACACGACGAAGAUAAUCCCCGAGGCCGUCAAGCUGCACGCGGAGCGACUCCUUGUGGAGCCCGUGAAGACGGAGUAU